AAAGCGGCUGUCAUGAGAUGAUGACGAGAGGUGCCCCGCCCCACCCGCCCCUGCCGCAGCAGUUCUACCCCCAGGACCCGCAGCUGCACGUACAGCCUCCGCUGCCUCCGCAGCCGCCGCCCGACCCGGCAGCGGCUCUAUCGAAAAAUGACCUCAACGGAGAGCAGCUGUUCCUGCUCCAUCAGAUGCAACAGCUCCAGCAGCAGGAGCAGGAGCAGCAGCAGCAGCAGGAGCCGCGGCAGGAAGACCUGCAGCAGGACCUCGGCGACAUGAUCGAGAAGCUCAUCCUGCAGGGCGCCGACAGCCCGCGCUCCAUCCGCGUGCACGUGGGCAUCGAUGAGGACCUCAAGAUGAUCCUGGACAUGGACCCCAGCAUCGUGGACAUGGUGCCGCCGGUGGCGCCGCCCGCGCCGCCCGCACCCAACCCCCCACAGCAGACCACCCCCAGGGCGAGUCGGCUGCCACCCAGAGGGCCGCCCUCGUUCAAGCACUCGUCGUUGCCGCUGCGCACCCAGAUGAAGCAGCAGCUGAUGCGGGAACAGCAGAUGCAGCAGGAGCGGCUGGAGCAGCGGAUGCAGCUGCAGCAGCAGCAGCAGCAGCAGCAGGAGCGCCAGGCGGCCGAACCGCCCCGCCCGCCCAUCAACAUCGGCGUGGACGUGCCGCAGUCCGUCUUCCAGGUGCAGACGGUGCUGGAGAACCCCACCAAGUACCACGUCCUGGAGCGGAGCAAGCACCAGGUGCGGCAGUACGUGCAGGCCAGCCUCCAGCAGAGCCAGCAGGGCCAGCAGGCGGCGGCGGAGGCCACCCCCUCGGCGACCACCGCAGCUGGUGCUGCUGUUGCUGCCGACGCCGACCCCCGGCAGGGCCACCCUCCCAACGAGGACUCUGGUGGGCAACGGUCCUCCGCGGCCACCCCUGCCCUCUCCCGGCUGACGGGCACCUUGUCCGAGGUGCUGGGCGCCGCCGAGGCCGUGAUGGGCGUCCGCACGCUACCGCCGGCGCGCGAGCAGUCCGGCGCCAACGUCUCCUCCACCGUGAGCAGCUCGGUGUGCUCCGCGGCCAGCGCCGCCACCUCCGCGCCGUCCGUCGCCACUAGCGCGUCCGAGGCUGACGUGGACGUCCUGGACGAUUUUCUGUCCUGCGAUGCGGCGACCCUAGAGGAGAAGAUUAAACUCGCUGACAGCGCUGCCGACCUUUCUCUGGACCUGCAGGAUGACACGGACAGCGUGUACAGCCUGCUGGGGCUGCGGAGGCCUGGCUCCUGCCCGGACAUGGACCUCUCCCUCUCCGACGUGCCGCUCUCGUCGGUCAAGCAGGAGCCGCAGCACCUCAGCGACGCGGAGAUCAACGCCAUCGCCAAGGACCGGCAGAAGAAGGACAACCACAACAUGAUCGAGCGCCGGCGGAGGUUCAACAUAAACGACCGCAUAAAGGAGUUAGGGACGCUCCUGCCGAGGACCAACGACCCGUACUACGAGGUGGUGCGCGACCUGCGGCCCAACAAGGGCACCAUCCUCAAGUCCUCGGUGGACUACAUCAAGGUCCUGAAGCACGAGGUGCAGCGUCUCAAGCAGUCCGAGACGCGGCAGAAGCUGCUGGAGACCCAAAACAGAAGGCUGGCUCACCGAGUCCAGGAACUGGAGAACCUCGCGAGAAGCCACGGCCUGCAGUACAGCGACUGCAGCUGGCAGUCCACCCCCACCUCGUACCUGCAGGACUCGUCUCAUCUGCACAAGAUGCCCGACGUGGUGACGGAGGCCGCGAUCACGCUGAGCUCCGCGGCCCUGGACGACCUGAUGGAGGACGACCACCCCGUCACGGGGGACCCCAUGCUCUCCGCACACCUGUCGUCGCCGGACGGCGUCAGCGACCCGGACGACAUCUCCGUGGAAGACUGUCUCGUCGGCCCCGACAUGGACCUGGGGGUAUGACCCCGGGGGUGAGGGGGCCGCGGGCGGGGCCGUUAGGGGACCCAGAGCCAAGACUUGUUCAGUGUGAGUGCGCGAGGACGUUGUGAGACGCCGUGGACUCCGCUGCCGCGACCACCACCGCCUGCUCCCGGAGGAGGGGGCGUGCCCUGGAGGCCCAGUGAGAAGCCUUUGCCGCUAGACGUCGAAUGCAUGUCCAUCAACCCCCAGUCAGAAAUGGAUUUCGGGAGGACAUCGAAAAGAUGUCGAAACGAUGUCACAGUCGUCUUUACCUCGCGUCGUUUCGAUUUCAGCGCGGCACUUAGGACCUCGUUUCGUUUUCCCAUUGAUAUCGUUCAAAAUGUCAUUUCAUACUGGUUUGUACGCCCGCUGUGGUCUAAAUGUCGACGUCAUUUCGACUUUCGAUGUCUGACCGACAUCGCAUCGACGUGGGAUGUUUCUCACUGGAGGGAGGCUCUGUCACCAUGUAAUUUAAUGUAAACUUUUAUAUGUAUGUCUCUAUGAUGAUUGUCUGUGAUGGCGGUUCGGCCGGCAAAUACAACUACCCCUGCCAAAUUGGAAAGAAAAAAAAAACGACAACACCAACAACAUUCGGCCGAUGCGGGGAGCUGAGCGACCCGAGCCGCGGCCCAAACCUGUCCCACCAUCAGACCGUCUUGUGUCUGUCCUUUUUGUUUGUGUGUUCGGUUGUUGUUUAUAUUUUGGUAAUAUCUAACAUCGUGUCCAAAGCUCAGGAGCGCUCUCAAAUGCGGUCCAAUCUUAAACACGUUUUACACAGGGAUUUCAGUAACUCUUACAAAACAUUCCUGUACAAAGUGAUGUUAGUUUUAAAUAUUGAUGCAGGUGAUUUUUGCUUGUGGAUGCUCAGCUAAAUAGUGUGUGAUAACGUUAAUCUCUUUCGGUAUUUUUUCUUACGUUGACCUUGAUGCGCUGUGCACUCUUCAAAAUAUUUUAAGAGGCCUCCCCCCAAAUCCCAAUUAAAAGUUUUAACAGUACCUAGAAUCACCAAAUACAUGUUUGGAUUGUGCCCUACUGAACUGUCCGAAUUACUGUACUGGCCACUGCUCUGUUGCUCGGAUAUUUUGUAUCUAAUCUACAUCCCUUCUAUCUUCUGAUAGGAUUUUCCAUGUAGUGUAAUGAUUGUAGUGAUGAGGUGCGAGUCACAUAAUAUGUACAGCACCAACAAAAAUGAGUACAAAAUGUAAUUGCAUAACUAUGGGGUUUUCGAGUUCGAUAAUACCUUCGGCGCAAUUGUUGACAUCAGUCUUUUCAAUGUCAUAAGUACAUGUCUAACAGGCGCCUACUGACUUGUUAAUUUUUACCCGAUGUCUAGAAAAUUAUUGUUUCAGUGUUCUAUAUUGUAAGAGUUAACAUUGGGAGCUUUUGGAAGAAACCCGUUUGUUUUAGUCUGUUCGGUCUCGCUAGUCGACUGUUGAAGUCUUCGUGUUUACGAAGUAGUUCAACUCAGGGAAGCAACUGUCUUCGUCUUUUUGUUACCAGCGCAGUCUAUAAAUACAUUUCUGGUCAAACCGCGCUUACCACGCAGAUACUAGACAAUAAUUACCUUGUCUAGUCUAUAUAAAGGCAUCAUACCAGUGUCCUUAUAGGUGCUCUUGAAUGGAAGUGCAGAUUUCUUACUUUUGUCAGUCUUUUCGGUUUCGCUUUUUCGAGGGCGAGAGGCGCCUGCGAGCGGCGUCCUUGCCAAGUGACAUCAGACCAUUUGAUCCUACUGCGGAGGGAAGCCGCCACAGCUGGCGCGGCGGUUGCGUCAGUCUGAGGCACUAUCGCACAGCGAAAGCCGAAUGAAAUGUUUUGCCUGGCAAAAGAAUAAAGGGCGCGCUCUCCUCAGAGAGGAGGCCGAGCGACGCGAUCGAAAGCCAAGUCGAAAGCUCGAAGUUACGUGUCUCUCUGAGACAUGGCCUAGCCUAUCCCUUACCCGGGACUUGAUGAAUGGCAAGGCAAGGCGUGCUUGUAAUUUUCAUUUGAACUUGGCCAUGGUUCUUUGUAACGCGCGGGCCCUUAAGUUUGACGUUUUCUGCCUUCAUUUUCAAAUUAGUUUCAGCACUUAUUUUUAACGUCUGCGGGAUUGUUACUAGUGUGCCACGAGAUAUAUUUUCCGUUACACGGGGAUACCAAGUUGUUGAUUGUUAAUUCAGAAGUGGGGGAUGAAAAUAAAUUUAAGAUAGUUCCUCGAGUGUCUAUCAACCAUUGUUGCAAUUAUAUCCACCUCAGUAUUGUUGAAAAAUAUGAUUUUGGAACGUGGCGGUAAAUUUUAAGUUGUAGAGAUAGUGUAAGUGUAAAUAAUAAGUUAUGUCUUUUUAAAAGUGUAUGUUAAUGUCCUCAUCCAACUGCCAAAACACUCAUAUUGCACCUGUUAUCAAGCCAUUUUAGCAUUUUGUUUUGUUGAAAAAGUCACUUUUUAUCAUUUGCUAUAGUUUUUGUCGUAGACUUAUGCGCGGUGCUGAAGUACCUUCUUGUCAAAUAAACUGUCAUAGUUUCAUAAA